AUGAUUUUUUUCCGGCUUGCAGAGAUCCGAAAUUGGUGGGAGGUACCAUCGAUAGCACAUUUCUGUUCGUUGUUCCGUGCUGCCUUCGGACUGACUGACUUCGAAAUUGAGGUAACAAAAUCUCUCUAUUACCAGUUGAACAAGUCGAGAAUUUCUUUUCUUAUCACUUCCUGAGAAUUUAAUUCUAAAGACUCAGUUAUUACGUCCUUUUUAUUUCCUAAGCCUUUGACCUUUCUUCGCCCAAGUUAUUCUCUGUAUUGUUUAUUUAAAAUUUGAAUUUAUGGAGCCAGAAAACUGGUAGCGUAAAUUUAAAGUUUUAGACGGGCAUAUAUCGCUUUUACUCUGGUCUUAUUUAAGCUUAUAAUACAUUGUUUCACUUCCUUAAGGAUUUAGAAGAUGCACUUGUCAUUGAUGGUUCUAAUGAAGAGGGAAACAACCGAUUUUUGGCCGAUCUACACGCGAGAUUAUUGAGGGGAUUGUAUGGCAUAAAAGAAAUAACGUAAGACAGUUUUACUGUAGUAUUGUUUUAUUUUUAUUUUGUUUCAUACAGCGGUUUAUUCUUUUUAAAUUUCUUUUAAAAUGUCUUAACUAUUCAUUGAUUGGUUUUGUUUGUGUGAUCAUAAUGUGUAUGCCAUGUAACAAGAUUUGAGUUUAUUUCGUGUGCAAACGUGAAUGUUUCAAAUUCGUCUCACCAGUCCGCCUCAUGGUAAUUCGCCUCAUUGUCUAAUAAUGUAAGCCGUUUGCCCUAAAAUAAAAUUAUAGCGAACACGGAGUUGUGCAAAUAUUGCUCCCAUGUUGUUUUCGCUAGUUUUCAAAUUAAGUCUCAGGUCAAAAACCUUGCUAAGCACAAUUCUAGGUUGUCCAUGUUGACAUUCAGACAAGUUCGAUUAAUUCUCUUUUCAUUGUUGUACACUUUUAUUACGACGAUAAAAACCGUGGCUUACAUUAUUUGUCGUGGAAUCUUGGAAAAUGUGUUUGUGUUGUUAAGUCUUAAUAACGUGUUUCAAAAAAUAUUUUGCUCCUGUUCGAUUCACGCCGAGAAUCGAUUUGCAACGUUGAGGUUCGAAUCGCGUCUUGAUCGAUCGUAGAAUACUUAUCGAUGUUGGACGCUUCCUCCAUUAUUUCCUUUCGAAAGGAAACGUGGCGCUGAAAUAAAUUUUGCAAUCGAAGAUCUACAAAAAAAAAAAGGCCCUUCGGGUUGUAACAAUUUCACGUUUUCGACCUUUUAGUCGGCUACUAGAAAAUUACCGAAACUUGUGACUUGGUAUUUUGACACGUGAAAUUGCUAUAUCCUGUCGUAAAUUUAUGCCAACUAAACGUUCAUCGGUGUGUAGUGGAUUCUGUCAUAUUUAGAGACUGAUGGAAGGGGGGAAAUAAUGGUUUGGCUAGCACUGCUAAGUGAAAAUCCUGUCUAGUUUUGUUGUUAUAGUUAUUCUUGUUUCCUUGUAUAUUUCAUUGGCUCGUGACAAUUUCCAUGUUUAUUUCAGGGCUGAGAAUUUUGAGCCGUAUCUCUCACAAGUGUUGAAAAUACGCUGGGAAGAUGAGUUAGGGAGGAAAAAUCCGCUUGCUGAUCAGGAAUACAGGUACAGUGCGGUGCUGUUAAAGUAGCAGUGCUUUUUGUCAGCUUGGUUUCGAUAUCCUUUCAUUGUUGAUCUGCAUUGGCGCAUGUGGCCGGACAACGAAGUAUUGUUUUUUGGCAGUGAAAUGUGACUAGACAGGUAGAAUUUCAUUUCCAAGCACGAUUUACGUUUGUCGUGGUGGAAUCUACCCAGAAAUUCAUAUUUCACAGUUUGGGUUUGUGAACACUUUCUUUUUUUUGGAAGGUAUGGAUAGCAAUUAUUUCAUUCACUUACCCUGACAUUUUUAAUUAUGUAACUUGCUUGUAACAAGUUGUAUUUUUCAAUUUUUUUUUCCUUUGGUCAGUAGUUUCCUAUGCGGUAGACGUUAUAAAAACAAAAAAAGUGAAAGAUUUUAGCUUGCAAAGAGCAAACCUGGUGUGUUUUCAGAUAUAAUUAAUUUUGUUUUCAAAGAUGACACAAAGGGCUUUCAAACAUGUUUUUGCAUAUAAGUUGUAAAAAUAUUAGUCCAAGGGGAAGGGUUUUUCAUUUAAAUCCCUAGCUGGUGUUUGUGAUUUGACAUUAUUGUUCCCAGCAAAUUUCAAUAUCAAAUCUGAUCUGGGAAUUCUGUCACUUGUACAAAGAUUUCUGACUUGUUCAAACACUCUGAUGUCAAGAUAUUUAACCUCAUUGACAGGGACUUAAUAAAUCUGACAAGCUUACCCUCACCUCAGAGUGGUCCAAAACCGCAAAUUGUUUCAGAAAAAUCCAAAUUUGAUUUCUGCAAAAUACUAGAAACCGAUCAUACCUUGUAGAAGUACUGUUGAGGUUUUAAUUGAAUGGUCAAUACAUAAGAUUUUGACUCCAAACUUAAAAAUAGAGUGAAAUUAGAUUCCUUAAUAAUUAUCUCUGCAAUAAGUGAAAGGAAUAUGACUAAAACAGUAACCAUUGUUUUGUGAUAAAAACUCCUUUGCACAGCCAUUCCCAAUUUUGACAUAAAUUUUCUUCAACCAUCUCUAAUCUUAUAAAAGUUCAAUGUUAACAGUUUCAUGCAAAGAUGUCAACUGUAUUUGCUUAACUAUCAUAUAUGGUCCUUGAAAACACUUAAAUCGGCCCUCCUGAGAUUUCAGGAUUAAACUUGAAAUUAUUGGCAUAAAGUUUGGUUAACUAUAAUGUUAUCAGGAUACAACACUGUCAUAAUUUAAUUACUGAGGAAAAAUUUGCAAGAUUAUCUUUUCUGUUUUAAGCUUUGAUGAUUAUUUACACUGUAUCAGAGUCAUUAAAAUGCUUCGGUUAUUAAUUCUUUCUCGUUUAUAUUGAAUUUCGGCAAAUUUCAAAUAUAGUAUUGUUUGAUUUUUCCCACUUAGCAAACUCUCCACCAGAGAAAAAGUUGAGAUCCUACAUAAUCUCUGUGACUUUCGACUUGAUGUUGAAGAUGUUCCUGAGCUACUCAAGGUAUUGUAGUAUUAAAGAAAAUUGCAUACUUGUAUGGCUGUUCAACUCUGACCUUGCACCAAAACAGUGGAUAUUAUAUAACUUUUCGUUGCAUGAUGAUAUCCAGCAAUUAAUACAAUAAUUUUUUACAUUCCAAGCAUAACAUGAUAGAUUAGCAGUUAAUUUAAACCUGUAUCAUCAUGACCCUUUAACUCCUUAAGAUCUGAUUAGUAAUUCUCUUUUCUUGCUGCUAUACAUUUUAUUGAAUGUUAAAUUGAAGGUUAUGUCAAUAUAACAUCUUCUGACUGAUAAUUUGCCUAUUCUCACCACCUAUGCUAUCUGUUGGAUAAUGUAUUGGAUAUUCAAAGGAAAAGUUACUUGGCAUACAGAUUUGUUUUAAUUUAGAUAUAACUGACUGAAGGUUGGUAGUCUUUUUUCUCAUGACAAGAAAGUUGGUAAAAUUUUACUGAUAACAACCCAAAGGAACAAACAAAAAAUAUAGAAGGCUUUUCCUUAGGUGUCUUUACUUGGGUGCUCAUGCCUUCAAUCUAAACAGCAUGCCUGAGUCCUGUUACAACAAGAAUUGCUUUGCCUUUGACCUGUCAUUUAAGCUCAUCUUUUGGGAUCAGUCAGUGUGUUCUUGUAGGAAUAAUUUCAGAUUCUAGCAGUUACAUACAUAUAAGUUACAGCAUAUCAACGUAAAACUUGUGGUGUUGUUUGAUGUCCAAUAGGGUCUGGAUGCGGACAGCUUACGUGUAGAACCUCUGGGAUUCGACUCCGAAGGAAGAACCUUCUGGUAUUUCUACGGUACACGAUUAUAUCGAGAAGAAAAACCACCACAGUCAGAAAACAAGUCCAACAAGAAGUCCAAAAAGAAGAAAAAGGUGGAGGGUAAAACUAAGAAAAAGAAAGCUAAACUCAAAAAGAAGAAGAAAGCAAAGGGAUCUUCAUCUGACUCUGAGGAAGAAUCUGAAUCAAGGUUAGCAGUUGAACUGUACUUGCUAAGAAAUGUUUUGAGUGAAUUUGAGGUCAAAGUUAUACAGUACAGCCUCAAAUUUUUAUGUAUUUUUCCUUUACACAGUCAUGGUGACCUUUCCCCAGGCCCAAAUUUUAAUUUUUUAAUUUGUUUCAUGGUUUGUUAAGAGGUAUCAUAUCAUUGCAGUAAGUUAACAUGGCCCGUAACAGUUAGCCUGCGCCACUGACAAAACUAAACCUCCAGCUAAGUCCGUCUGCAAAAUAGUGCUGAGAUCCUUGAUCUGGACACCUACCUGUGUAUAAGGAUUUGACUACACAUCAUGAUUGGCCUAUUAAAAAAGCCAUUGUUGAUUUGCCAAUCAGGUUGAAGGGAAAUUGGAAACCCACUUCCAGUAAUUCCUUGCGUUUGUUGGGGGCCCAGAACAAGGAUCUCAGCACUGCUUCACAGAUGUUACUAACCAUGGUUAGAUUAUGGCUUAGCCUGAAAAAACAGCCGACAUUUGAUGACGCUACCACUGGUUUCCCCACCAAACAACAUCUGAGAAACGAGCGCAGCAAUUCCAUACUGAUAACUGGUCACUACCCAGAUCUGGUUAGUGCAUCUUAUCGGUCGUGCCGCACGGGAAAUUCGAUUCAACCAAUCAAAAGCACUACCCAGAUCAGGGUAGCGACGCGCCAUCAGUAUGGAAAUUCUGCACUCGUUUCUCAGACGUCAUUUGGCGGGGAAACCAGUGGUAGCUUCACCAAAUUUUGGCUGUUUUCUCAGGCUAAUUACGGCUGAGUCACAGUCUAGUUACUGUCUUUGUUUAUUUCUGAGAGGUAGAAAACCCCUUAAGGUUAUAAAUUCCUCUUGUGGUGGAUUCUUCUUCUUGUCACCAUCUCCUUUUCUUCAUUUACUUUCAGAGUAACCUUUAUUAAACUACCCAAACCAUUGCCAUGAAUUUUGUCCAUGACAUUACUUACUACUACUAUAUGAGAGAUUUUUGCAGUUGAUUGGCUUAGAGCAGUGGUAUUUCAGCUUAAUUUGAAAUACUUACAUGUGAAAAUUACAAAACUUUUGAGGGUAGUAGUUAAACAAAUAAUAGCAUGAUUUGUGUGUGAUAUUUGGCGUAAAUGCCACUUUUGAUAUUUCAAAAUUGUCUCAAAUUUCACUCGCCUAAUGGCUCGUUCAAUUACAUAUAACAAUUUGAAAUAUCACUCGUGGUAUUUAUGCCAAAUAUCACUACAAAUCAUGCUAUUACUUAUACUAAUUCAGUUGGCCAUUCCCUAUGAGUGACCUCUUACACUGACUGUGUUAAUGUAUUUAUCAAAAUCAAAAUAAAGGAAAUUUGAAACUACAUGGCGAGUAAGCUCUCUAUUUAAGGUGGUAAGCAGUUCAAGUCAUUAAAGAAUGUGCAAGUGAGGGUCAAAGUGCAAGGGGCUCUCGCAUCCCCAAAUAUGCGUGCCACUUGCUUGCCACUUGGCUUUUCACAAUAUCCACCAAAUGGGGAGCUUAUUUGCAUGUUAGAAACUACAGUACUCUGAGAACAUUUGACUUGAGCUUGAUUUAAAACAACUGGUUAACGUAAUGACUGGCAUGCUUAGUCCAAGCAGUGAGCAUCCCAGCAGUGAUUAUGCUGAUGAUGAAGAUGAAAAUGAUGAGGAUCAAGAGGUAGCUUCUGAGGGAAAAGAAGAACAGCAAAAACAGGACUGCCCACUCUGGACUGUUGUGUGUUCCACUGAGGAAGAGUGGCAGCAGCUCGCUGAGUCGUUCAAGAAGAGUAAACACAAAGAUGAGAAGAUGCUUUAUGAGACACUCAGUGUUGAUUUUGUUCCAGAGAUUGGCAAAAUGAUUGAGGCAAAGGUACAGUUGCUUGCAUUAUGUUGCUUCUUGGUAAGGAAAGAUUGAUUACAUGUAGCAAUGACGUCUUAUCUUCUCAUCAAAGGUACAGACUUGUACCUCCAUUGCAGAUUAUGAUGAUUCAUCAGCUUGGAGAGAUAAAUAAUGAAUAUCUGCCUCAAAAGCUCUUCAAUGGUGUGUUCACUUUAAAUCAGUGAAAUUUACUUUAGGAUUGGUGUUUUUUUUUAACUUAUACGCAUAUAUAAGGAAGUGAAGUAGAGGAAUUAUUUUUUUGAAAGAAAUAGCCAACUUUCAAUAUAUUAAAAUUCUAACAUGACGUUGAGGCUUUAGGGUCAAAAUUAAAAAUUUUUCACCCUGGCAAUUCCAAGAAGAGACUUGAGCACAAAGAAAACCAAACUAAGUAUAGAAAAAUUACCAGGAAGCCAUGGAGUCAUGUUAGAGUUUUAAUAUAUCGAAAGUGGGCUAUUGGUGACAUCCUUUUACCAUUGCUCUGUAAUAAAGGAUAAAGCCAUGAGGAAAAAGCUUCUAAUGGAGAUGGCACCAAGAAGAGCGUCUGAUAGAAUAGCAUCAAAAGUGCAGGUAAGGGAGGAAGAAGAGCAACAAGAGGAGAAUGAGAGACAACGAGAAAGAGAGCGACUGGCAGAGGAGAGGAAGAGAGAAGAGGAAGAGAAACAACGAGAAAAACAACAGCAGCAAGAGAGAAGGCAACAAGGUUAGAUAAUGAUGUUGAUAAUGAUUUUAAGUUAAUGAUAAAAUUAGAUUAUUAUUUUGUAAUGAAUGAUAUUCAAUUAACUGGGAGAGUGGGACGAGUCUCAAUCAUUCCAUUUUGAGUAUGUGCAAAGCUUAUUACUUUUUUGUUCCUUGUGAUUGCUUUUCUUGACUUUGCCUUUGGCAGUUCAUUCUUGGGAUUUGGGACCAUACACUGUAGGUCUCUUUAGGUUAAGUCAUGGCUUUCCUCCUUAAUACCCAUGGUGUGACAGGUGUUGUGUGACAACAGUAACAUUAGCGGUGCUGUAGGGCUGCAGUGAUGCUCAGAUGUAUUGGUGAACUGCAAUAUUUCUUCUCACGAUAUGAAUAUUUAUAUUUCAUCAAGAUAGUAUCACGAUAUUAUAAUAUGCUAAACUGUGCAACAUCUUAAUAGUAACAGUAUGUGAAAUCACUGUAUUUAUAUUCCAUUCUGAAGCUCCGCAUUUCAGCCCUUUGAAAGCAUCUUAUGAUGGAAACACAUUAAAAAGGAAACCAUUCCUACUUUGUGUGUCUUAUCUUAUUCAAGAAUGAUUAGGGAUAAGAAGGCAAAGAAACAUGGGCACUUAUUUGUCACUUGUCAGCGUGCAAAGAAAGUAGUGUCCGAUAGCCCGGGGCUAGAGGAUUUUGCUAUCAGGCUAGUGAAUUCUGUUUUUAACUUGCCGGACGGGCAAGUGAUGUUUUAUGAGGAAUUUGAAGAGCAGAAGAACAAAACGUUUUUGGGGCUAGUUGAAAUGACGUCCGGGCUAGUAAAUGCUACCUUCAGCUUGCCCGAAUGGCAAGCUAUAAAAAUGAUUUUCUUUGCACCCUGCUUGUGUGCUUCAUGGUGUUUUGUGCCCACAGUGUAUUGUGCACUUUUCAGAGCCCCCAAAAUAAAAAUUUUCCCAGGGGUAGGGUGCAAACCCCAGCCAUACCUAACACCACAUGCAGCCACAUGUACACCCUGUAAGCCACGUGAAAAGUUGUCUCCUCCUUCUGAUCUAAUAUUGCUGCCUUCUUUAAUAAAUCUCUUCUCCAGCCUGAACAAAUAAUUUGAAGAAAAGGAUUGACAGUACUUCUGUAAUUUCAAUUCCCCAAAAAACUUCACUUGCCCAUUGGGCAAGUUACAUAAGAACAGAAUUCACUCGCUCAAUAACAAAAUCUACUAGCCCAGGGCUAUCAGACACGACUUUCUUUGCACAUUGAAUUCUGAUGCCCUGCACACAGUAGAUACAUGUAUAUAAAGACAGGCAUUCAUUUCCAAAGAUUAACUUUGUUUGCAGAGAGAGCCAAACGAGCACGUAUGCGGGAAGAAAGGCAGUGGCUCAUGGCUAGUGGUGAAUUUCAUCCUGAGGAACUGAAAAAUAGUUUCGGUCAAGAAGAAGAAAGCAAGGAAAGUGAAGUGGAAAGGAGACCCAGCUCACGAAAUAGAGAAGUCACAGAAGACAUUGAGCUUGAGGAUAGAGAUGAAGACCUUUACACUGGGAUGUAUAAAGGUAUCAGAUCUGUUAAAAGAAGCUUACAUGCUGACAUAAAUGACCUAAUGCAAAUGCCCUAGGCAGCAAUGCUCCGCCCCUCUCUCUCCACAGGUCUGGUAGUGGACAUUCCAAAGUGGUAAUGGGGGUUUUCACUCUCAACAUUUUUCAGGGAAGCAAAAAUAGAAGGAUUAAAGAAUCACUUACACGUGUAUGAUUGUGAGGUGACGAAGAAAAACCUUGGUAAAAAUUGUAAAAUUGUACCCACGAAGAAGUUGGGAGUUCUUAUGAACUCAUUUAAAUGUGUCCUUGCAUUCCAGAUCAAAUUAGAAUUUGGAAGUGUUAGUUUUUGAGGAGAGGGGAAAACAGGAGUACCCGGAGAAAAACCUCUUGCAACAAGAGAGAGAACCAACAUUUAACUUAACUCAGGCUUCAAUGCUAGGACUUGAACCCAGGCCACAUUGGUACAAUGUUGGAAGAUGAGUGGCAUCACCACUGUGCCACCCUUGCUCUCCUUAGGUCUAGGGGUAAAGGACUAUCUAGAAUACAGUUAGAAGUAUUGUUGUCAUUAGGUAGAUAGGGCCACACCCUGCCAGCAGAACCUCCCUUUAAAACAAUUACUUGAUUUUGGUGUACUAGAGAAAGACUUUGCAUGAAUCAAGUAAUGUCUUUGUUGAGCAUGCGUAUCCUAGUGUGUUGCUAGGAUACAGAUUCAAACACAGGCCUUAUAUCUGUGCACUUGGUACGGUGGGCUCUGUUAUGAUUAUCGGUUUAUCAAUAAACUGAUGCUUGUACAAAAAACCCAGAAAAUGAGAGGAGACAGGACAAACUAGCUGUAGCUACUUCAAAGGAUUGAUACAAUGCAUACAGAGCCUCUUUUUGUCCUCUUUGAUCAAGAAGAAGACAGAAGGAGAAUAAUAGGGCUUCAACCUGAUUUUUAGGGUACAGUAGUAAGAGCUGUGUGAUCUAAAAUACCGAGAUAGACGUAAACAUAAUCAUCUUUCUUGACUUCCUAGUGUUGGAUGCCUUGAAGAAGCAUAACAAUGCUUGGCCUUUCCUGGAGCCUGUUGAAGAAUCUUAUGCACCCCAGUAUUAUGAAAUUAUUGAGGUACAUUGUUUAAGCUUUAAAUAUCUACCGUGGAUACUGUUUCAGGCAUUUUUCAGUAUUGCCGGUACAGCUGUACCUGAAAAUUUGAUGUUCCAUCGAAAUACCCUUGCACUGAGGAAUAUUUUUUUUGUCACCUAUGUGUUAUUACAGCCAACUCUCUCUUAACAGACACCUCUAUAAGACAGACACCUCAGUAAAAUGGACAUCUAGAGUUGGUCCUUGCCUUUCUUUACUCCCUUUAUUUGACUCUCUGUGAGACAGACACCUCGGUAAAACAGUUACCUAGAGUUGGUCCCUGCCCUUCUUUACUCCCUUUAUUUGACUGUCUAUAACAUGGACACCUUGGUAAAACAGACACCUAGAGUUGGUCCAUGCCUUUCUUUACUCCCUUUAUUUGACUGUCUAUAACAUGGACACCUUGGUAAAACAGACACCUAGAGUUGGUCCAUGCCUUUCUUUACUCCCUUUAUUUGACUGUCUAUAACAUGGACACCUUGGUAAAACAGACACCUAGAGUUGGUCCCUGCCCCUCUUUACUCCCUUUAUUUGACUGUCUAUAACAUGGACACCUUGGUAAAACAGACACCUAGAGCUGGUCCAUGCCUUUCUUUACUCCCUUUAUUUGACUGUCUAUAACAUGGACACCGUGGUAAAACAGACACGUAGAGUUGGUCCAUGCCUUUCUUUACUCCCUUUAUUUGACUCUCUUUAAGACGGACACCUAGAGUUAAUCCCUGCCUUUCUUUACUCCCUUUAUUUGACUCUCUAUAAGACAGACACCUUGGUAAAACAGACACCUAGAGUUAGUCCCUGCCUUUCGUUACUCCCUUUAUUUGACUCUCUAUAAGAUGGACAUUACACUUAGAUGGACAUUUAGUGUACGUCCGAAAGGUGUCCAUCUUCGUGAGAGUCAGCUGUAUUCACUUUAAAUUUGUUUUGCCAGGAACCAAUGGAUUUGUCUACCAUUGAGCAGAAACUUGAUGACAGUAAAUACAAAAGCAUAAACGAUGUGAGUAGUGCUAAUUAUCUUUUAUUUAUCGUGUGAAUUGUGCAUUCUGUAUACCACACAGGCUUAUUUUAGUGCUAACCUAAUUUUGCAUUGUACCUUGACAUUUCUAAGGGCUUAGUUAUUUACUCAUGGGAAGAGUCUCUGUGCAUUUUAACCAACCUUAAGUUUCUGAAUUCUGCCCAAUGCACAAAGCUGAAUUAUUGAAUAGGAUAUUGUAUUGAAAGACGCUGUGCUUUAGGCUUUGAUAGUUCAGCUGCCAGUGCCACACAAGGAUGUGGUCAACCUUUCAUACGUUGGGUGGGUAAUUAAAGAGUUCUCGGCAGUAGGGAUUCGUCCAGUUUUAUUAGCUUUUUUGAUUCGCAAAAGAAUUUCUUUAGCUAAUAUUUUCAAUUGUGUUAAUCACUGGUGAGUUCUGUUUCAUUACAGUUUACUGCAGAUAUGAAGUUAAUGUUUGAAAACUGUCUGGAGUACAAUGGUUCUGAUAGCAGUAAGUGGAUUUUCAUGUCCUCAUCAUCUAUAAUUUUUUAUGCAAGUGCAAUUUUGGCAAUGUAAAUUCAGAAUUUCAAACUUGUUUAAAAUUAAUUUGUGAACAGAAAUAUGAUGAAAAUUACUACUGCAAAGGAGGUUUGGAUAUCGUAUCCUUGAGACCACAGAAUGUUUCACAUUGACAUGUUGGCUUUGGGUUUCUUCCAGAAUAUUAUUAUUUCAAAUGAAGAAUGAUCCUCGCAGUUGUGAACUCGAUUUAUGCAAUUGCAUAAGAAGCCUGAAAAAAAAAUUUAGGACUUUAAUGGAAUUUGAAUUCGUGACCUCAUGAUACCGGUGCAACGCUCUAACCAACUAAGGGCCUGUUUACGUGGAGUGGGGGACCCCGGUCUAGUGGGGUUGGUUUCUUUUGUUUCCACGCUCUUGGGGACACAAAACAAAAGAAACCUACCCCACUAGACCGGGGUCCCCCAGUCCAUGUAAACAGGGUCUAAGUAAGCUAUGAAGCUAUGGAUGUUGGGAGCUGGGCAAUAUUAUGUGUUUGUAUGUUCCCGUGAAAGAGAUGAAUGUGACAAAUGUAUGUCGAACCAAAUGUCAUUUUCACACACAUUUGUCACAAUAUUAUUAUUUGCCAUCUGACAUUGGAUGAAGAUUUUAAUCUGAUAUCAGGAUACCUUGAAGUGGAUUAUUUUUAAAAAACUAAGCUGUGUCUUUGUUUUACGGGUUAAUUUAGAAAAGAAAGUCAGAACUUUCUUUCCCCAGGGACAAAGUAAACUGUCCAUAAUAAUGAGGUGUCCGUAGUAGGCGGGGUUUGACUGUACUUUAUGUCAUCAUUAAUUGGGAACUAAGGCCCGGUUCAGACGCCGUACUUUUCAUGAGCCGAACCUAAUACAUUGAAUUAAGUACAUGAAAAGUUCGGCGUCUGAAUCAAUUAGGAACGCCUGUUUCAAUUUGGAACGGCUCACCCGUUCUUUUCGCCUAGCCCGGCCGGGAAUUUCGCCUUUGGAUCGACUUUGGAACGCCUUUGAUUCAGACGCCGAACUUUUCAUGUACCGAACCUAAUGCAUAAAUUCUUAUAACGUAUUUUGUAAGCAGUUUGACCAAAAUGCGCAUUUUUCGCCUUCUGAAUUUAGUUCGGCUGGAAUUAAGAUCGGCGUCUGAAUCAAUUUAGCCGGUCUAAAUAAUUUGGGUCGGCCUUAAUUCGAAUUAGGUUCGGCUCAUGAAAAGUUCGACGUCUGAACCGGGCCUAACUAUCUACCCCAUUUUUAUUUAGUGUACACAAAAAUGGCCAACAGUCUGGAAGCUGCUUUCAACCGACAACUAAAGAAACACUUUCCUGAAGAUGAUGACAACAGUGAUGAGGAUUUCGAAGAAGAACUUGCAAGGAAGAGCAGAAAAGAGAAGAGAAGGCGUGGUGAGGCAGGUUCUGGGCCAGAGAUGUUCCGUAAUGCACCACAAACCAAUGAAAGCCCCUUUACAAAGCAGAUGGGGCCACCUGGCAUGCAGCCAAUGUUUCAAAAUCGCAUGUUACCUAGCAACAUGGCUAAUGGGGGUAUGAUGCCUUCCCAUCAUCCUUCAAGAAUGCCGUUUCCAGGGCCCCCACACUUUGCCCCAGAUGGAAGGCCCCUAUAUCCUCCACAGUUUUAUCAGAACGCAUUCAACCCAGCUGCAUUUGGGAGAUACGGUAUGUCACAACCAGGACCCCAGUUUAAUAGGUUUAGAUACCCUCAAGGGAAUCCCGUGAGCCAGAUGGGUCAGCCACCACAGGCGUCUCCUUAUCCACCACAACACAUGGCUGGAAGGAUGCCAUUUCCUUACAGAAUGCCGGGUGCAGGUGGAAAUAUGGAGCUUGCACGCAGAGAGAAUGACAUGAAUAGCCCUAAUCAGACGGAACAAGCAAGGCAAGCAUCCCCACAGCAGGCUGUCCCAGCGGUGUCUACAUCAGGUAUGUCUGUUGUAGUUAUUUUUUGAUCUUAGGUAAUUUAUAUUUUUCCUUUGUUUCAACCUCAUUAGCAUGCAUUACCAAACCCAGAAACAAAAGAAAAACAAAUAGUAUGUAUGUACUGUACAAUGACUAUCGUAUGAAAUAAAAAGUGUGUAUAUAUUGGCUGACAUUCCCUUUUCUCUCUAGAGAAAAGCGCUAGGAAUUUAUCGACCGUUAGCGCAAAGGGGUGCAGGUAGGUAAAUGAAAAGAAAAAGGUCUAUGGACACCCUCAAGUGCCAUGAUGAAUCAUAUCAUAUGGGGAAAAAUUAUUAAGGUUUGGUAAACAUAACAUAGCACCUUUGGCCACGUUUACGAGGGUCAUUGAAAACUCAAGUACGAACCAUGGCGCAAUUUUAACGAACAAAAUGCGUGUAACCAGUGCUGUUUACUCGCACCCUAUGUACGUUUGUUGAUUCACCCCCGUGUGGACGAUUGUAUUUCCAGGAGAGCCAACACCUUCCUCGGUAACUGGAGGUACAGAAAGAGGACGCCAGCCCCAACAGCCCCAUGGAGGACCAUCUUAUUACCGACCUCAAUCCUUUAAUCAGGCGCUCCUUGGGUACCCACGUAAUGGUCCCAUGCCUUAUGGGGCACCUGGUGUUGCACCGUAUGGGCAACCUGUGGUACCUGGGAGAGAACCUUGGCGCAUAGACCGACGAACCCCUGAAGCUGCUCCUCAGAGAGUACCAUCAACAGAGGGGCCCCUUAGAGAAGAAGGUACUGUUAAUUAACGUCGUUUUGAAUCAAAGCAAUUCAGGACUAUCCUAUGUUUGUCUAAAAACUGAAGUUUACGGCCUCUUAAUACAGCAAUGCCCGAUGUGACAAAUCGGCUAAUAAUGCAAGUCCGAGUUCAUGAUUUUUCAUUUUAUUGGCCAUUUCUGUUCGUUAAUGUUCAGUCCAUUACUAGUUUCAAUUGCUUGCCAACAAGGUGUCAACAACCAAGUAAAUCACAGAUGCUGAGGCCUGAUUUAAUGGUUUGACAUAUUAUGCUUAACGUGCCUGUAACGUUUGAUUUGAUUGAUAAACAUUGAAACCAAAUAUGUUGGCCGUUCAAAUAAUUACAGUAUCUUUCUUUAACGUCUUCAAUAAUUUUUUGCCAUCGAACCUCCUGUAAACAACCUUUCUGUUCAUUUUGAGCGCAAGUGAUUUGUGUAAGAUAAUGUUGAAGGUCUUCUAGAACAAAUCAAGUGUUCCUGCGAUUUUGUUGCUUGAGAAAAGAGCCGACAUUUCGCAAUGCCACCAAAGAUUUCCCCGCGAAAUAACGUGUGAGGAAGGAUAGGAGAUAUUCCAUACUGUUGACUCCUUAAUACCCAGAUCUGGGUCGACUCGUGCUCCUGAUUGGUCAGAGAAAAGUGUUUGGUCGAUCAGAAUCACUUCCCAGAUCCCAGUAGUGGCGCGCCAUCAGUAUGGAGUUUCUGCGCUCGUUACUCAGACGUCAUUUCGCGGGGAAACCUUAAUAGCGUCGCGAAAUGUCUCAGUAAAUGAUGAUCAGGUAAACUGCUUCAGUGGCGGAUCUAGGGGGAGGGUGCAGGGGGUGCGCACCCUCCCCUGAGAUGACCCGCGGUUUUCUAAUACAACUGGUAUUCUGCAAAAAAAAAAAACUAUGUGGUUUAUUGGUGUUGAAGUAGAGCAAGAGACGAGUGCACCCCCUCCUAAAAAAAAUCCUGGAUCCGCGCCUGUGCUUAACUACUUUUCAUUAUAUUUGAAGGUAAAGCGAGAGAUCCCUCUGAACCAACAAGAGACGCAGCGUUGCGUCCCACAGGCAGCAAACAAGCAAGUGAAAGUUCAGAUAGCGGCGAAGAAGAAGGAAAGCAUGGUGAACCUAAAGAAAGCCGACCCAAUGAAAGGGACGAACUGAGCGUUGAAGGAAUGCAGCAACAACAACAGCAGCAGAGGAAUAAAGUUCCAGCCACGCUUUCUAUUAGCCACAUAUUAAGCGGUGCUUCAAGGGAUGACCAUCACCGUCAAGAAAGUGCUGCAGCACAGGACAGCUCUCCUCACGGUACACCACAGGGAACCCCAACUCCACAAGGUACACAUCCUAUGCCUCAUGCUUCCGCGCGUCAAGGCAUGAGGUCACCAGACAGCAGGGAUAGGCUCACUCCAUCAAACGAGCAAUUUAAUAUGGCUUCUGGUAAAGGACCAUUUGAGAACAUUACAGGAAGGGCCUCUUACGAGAACCCGCACGGACGAUCCCCUUAUAGAAUGGCACCUAAUGAGGCCUUAGAUAGACCUGGUCCAUAUGGGGACCCUCGUCGGCAAGAGUCUUAUGAACAUAAUGUGGGGAUGAAAUUUAACGAUAGAAAACAUUUAGGAAAUGCUGCGGAGAGCGUUAUUAAGAAAACGCCUCACAGUACGGCUUCUGAUUUAGGUUUCUACAAGAAAAUGCCGGAACUGAGACCAAUACGCGAGGCGAACGACAGUGAGGAAGAGCAGCCAAUGCAAGAUAGAACAGUGAAGAGUGUAUCUGAAAACGGGCAUUUAGAGCCUGCUAAAACAGACGCUGUUGGUCAGCGGAUGUCAGGUGACAUGAACAAACAUCUGAAGGAAGGAAGCCCGAGGGGGGUGGGGGUACCGUACAAAGGCUGGCCUGAGCUACAGUUUGAUUCGUCUUCUAUCACUCCAGGCAGCUUCCUUCAAGAACUUAACGAUGCGGGGCCACCAUCCUUGCCUGGAAUGGGCGGCGAGAAACCACCUCCUGAUAAGAAUAAUCGCCUGCCUUUUACGUCCAUGUUAAGGGGAAUGAACCCAUCCCAAGGGAAUCCGGUUGAUCGCAGGGCCCAGUAUUUAAGUUUAGAUGCGGCGAAUCGAGCGAGGAUGCGAGAAAACAUGUUAAUGGGCAAUUUACUGCACAGCGCUGAAGAGAAACGCGAGAGGUUUGAAGCGGGUUCUCGCGCGGGUGACAUGAGUGCUUAUAUGUACGGCAACAAACAUCCUUCAGAAAUGAUACCGCCUGCUCUUCAAUAUCGACCAAACAUAUCUUCAUCUUCACACCAAAGAAACGUGGACCCCUCAGAUAUGCCACCGGGAGCGAAUUCGCAAUUUGUGGACCUGAAUUCCAUGCAAUACCGGUAUCCCGGGGGACUCCCAGGAUCCCGGGAGUCUCUGUCUAGAGAACAGAUGUAUUUUCUUGAGCAGCAGCGGAGACAACAGAUGGCGUCCUCAAUGGACGCUAUGAUGGCAGGGGGGCAGGAACGUAUGAUGGGUUAUGGUGGUAUGUUACGUCAGCAGCAGCUGUUUAACGCUGCGUACGCAAGUCACAUGAGGAACGGCCAGUAUCCAGGUUUUCCAAGUGAAGGUGAGAGCCCUUUGCAUAAUUAA